AUGUCCAACAGCAGCUCCCCGAAGUUCCUGCUCCUGGCAUUCGCAGACAGGCGGGAGCUGCAGCUCUUGCACUUCUCCCUCUUCCUGGGCAUCUACCUGGCUGCCCUCGUGGGCAACGGCCUCAUCAUCACAGCCAUAGCCUGCGACCACCGCCUCCACACCCCCAUGUACUUCUUCCUCCUCAACCUCUCUGUCCUCGACCUKGGCUCCAUCUCCAUCACUGUCCCCAAAUCCAUGGCCAGCUCCCUCUGGGACAMCAGGGCCAUUUCCUUUUUGGGAUGUGCUGCCCAGGUCUUCCUGUUGGUCUUCUUCUUAGGAGGAGAGUUUUCUCUCCUCACAGUGAUGGCCUAYGACCGCCUUGUGGCCAUCUGCAAACCCCUGCAUUAUGGGAGCCUCCUGGGCAGCAGAGCUUGURUCCAAAUGGCAGCAGCUGCCUGGGCCAGUGGCUUUCUCCUUGCUCUCCUGCACACUCGGAACACAUUUUCCAUUCCACUGUGCCAAGGCAAUGAGGUGGAUCAAUUCUUCUGUGAGAUCCCCCAGAUCCUCAAGCUCUCCUGCUCAGAUGCCUACCCCAAGGAAGCUGGGCUUCUUGUGAUUACUGCCUAUUUAAUGUUUGGGUGUUUUAUUUUCAUUGUGGUGUCSUACRUGCAGAUCUUCAGAGYUGUGCUGAGGAUGCCCUCUGMGCAGGGYCRSCACAAAGCCUUUUCCAUGUGCCUCCCGCACCUGGUYGUGGUCUCCCUCUUUAUCAGCACUGCAUUUUUUACAUACCUGAAGCCGCCCUCCAUCUCCUCCCCAGCUCUGGAUAUGGUGGUUGCUGUCCUGUAUUCAAUAGUGCCUCCAGCACUGAACCCUGUCAUCUACAGCAUGCGGAACAAGGAGAUCAAGGUUGCCCUCAGAAAAUUGAUUUCAUGA